CCCUCAUGACAUUGACGCUAUUCAUACGGAAACAAAUUCGACUUGGCUUCCCUCCAUCUUUUCCCUUGCCUUGGAAACGGCCAAGAAAUUCCGAAAUUCUUAGAGACGAGUGCCAACUGCAAUGGCAUCAUCUUCUGAUUCAUGGACGCGGGAAUUUAAUGAUGCUACAAAGCUUUCUGAUGAGAUCAACUCUAUGAUAAAGGCGAGUCCUCCUUCAGGACCUGAUUCACAACGGCAUUUUUCUGCGGCUCGGAGAAAGGUCACAAUAUUAAGGACUCGCCUUGAUACUUUGCAGUCUCUUCUAUCAAAACUUCCAAGCACACAGCCCUUAAGCAAAAAGGAAAUGAAGCGCCGUCAUGACAUGCUUGACAAUUUGGUUACUAAAGCUAAUCAGAUGGCAACUUCCCUCAACAUGAAUACCCUCUCAAUCAGGGACAGCUUACUUGGCCCUGAAACAAAGCAGCCUGAUGUUGUUAGCAGAGCUACUGGGCUGGACAAUCAAGGUCUUGUCGGUUUUCAACGGCAAGUUAUGAAAGAGCAGGAUGAUGACCUUGGGAAAUUGGAGGAAAGUGUGAUGAGCACAAAGCAUGUUGCAUUAGCUAUUAAUGAGGAGCUUAACCUACACACUGGGCUUCUGGAUGACUUGGAUCACCGUGUUGAGACAACAAACACCAGACUUCAGAGGGUGCAAAGAAGGUUAGCUAUGCUAAACAAGCGUACCAAAGGUGGCUGUACUUGGUUGUUUAUUCUUGUCAUCUUUAUUGUGAUCCUGAUUGUUGGUAUCUUCGUAUUGGUAAAGUACCUGUAACAACCCUGUAAAUGCAUAAAAUACCAAGGAGAGGCCCAUUCAAUUUUUUUGCAAGAUCUUUGAGUACACUGGAUGGGAAUCUUGUGUUAUAAACUAGCGAAAAGACAUGUUAUACAUGUAUAGAUACAUUUACUAUAUAUAAGAACACAGUGAAUCUAGUGAUGAAAUUUUAAGGAUUCACUGCAGCUUGCCUGCUGUCGUGGUCUUGUAAAGUGACCGUAUGUUAUGAGUUUUAUUCAGACAUUGUAAUCUUCGAGUUACAUUUUUUAUGUUAACUUGUGUAACUUUGGAGAGCAAUAUAUUAGUGAAAUUAUAUU